UCUUGGUCCGAGUGCCAUCGACAUCCGACCACUCUGUGCCAUGUCAACCUGUCAGAGAGGGAGAGAGGCGGAGGGAGGCACUGCCUGCUGAGAGGUGUCCGAGGUGUCAUGGCCUCGUCUGGGAGGUGACAGACGGCGUGUGUGUGAGUGUGUGACGGGGGAAUAAGACCGCUGAGAAGUCUAGGGGACGUUCAUCGUGACCUUUCGUUUUGCCAGGGUCCAUCUCGCUCUGUGCAUCUGACAACAACUUUAAAGGACCCCGUCUUCCUGAGCCCUUGACAGUGCAGCUCCAGAUCUGCACCACGGCCCUAAGAGACCCUGAGGUUAUCGCCACAUUCGAACUCAUUUAUCACCUGACCACUGUUGCAGCAUAAAUUACACUGCUACUCGGGUUACACUCCUCCGUCAGAUGGCGUUUUGCCUGGCUGAGCUGCACUUGUGGUCCACCAAGAGCUCACUCCAAGUCAAAGAUACAGAUAUUGGCACCUAUCAGUACUACGAUAAAGGAGAGCCAGCCUCUUCCCUGGAGCAUCACUACUACAAUGAGAAACUACAUUUCAGUGAAGCUCGAGGCUAUUCGUGGACCCCCAGGAACCGCCGACCGGAGAAGCUCCGCGAUUCGCUGAAGGAGUUGGAGGAACUGUUGCAGACCAACACCUGCGUUCACACCAGAUGGAGGAACAAGCAUUGCUGCCAGGUGUUGCUGAGCAGUGGCGUAUUGGUGACUCUGACUCUAAAUGGACCUCAGCUUGAUAAAGUGUACGUAGACCGCACAUUAGUGGGCCGACUACCAGCCAACACUGUGAGCGAUGCGGUGCUGAGCGAUCGGCUGAUUCUGGUGUCCCUCCCGGAGCAGAGCCAGGUGGCUGCAGUCUACCUCAACCAGAAGAACCAGGACUCCCCAGAGGCUGGCAGGCGAACAGACAAACUCUCCCCCUCUGAAAUCAAGGUGUUUUCUGUUGAGGCGAGCGGACGGGGUCGUGGGCUUCGUAGACGUGUGUGUCUCAACCGUCUCCAGGAUGUGGCGCUCUGCUGGUGGGACCUGGAAGAGUCUGGUGAGGAGCUGUGGCCCUGGACUUCAACAAGCACGCACAGGAACAACCUGGUCCUGCUCAGCUGCUCACCUGCUGAAGGACUCAAGGUCCUCGGUUCUCUGCGGACAGAAGGAAGUCCUCUGGACUGCCGCUUCAGUUUGCUCCAGCCAUACCAGCUGCUCACAGUGGAGCUUCCUGCAGGACCCCGCGGAUUCAGAGAGGGGUCCUGGGCCGACGCCUGCGUGUACGAAUGUGCAAGAGGUCGCCUUCACCGCCUGUCCGUCACCCGCAUCCCGCUUCCAUCCCACCCUGUCUCCUGCUCGCGUCACCCCUGUGAGACCACACUUCUCCUCGGCUUAAGUGACUCCUCCUUGGUCCUGUAUGACCAGCGCCGGGGGAUCUCGCUGCUGGCGUCCUGCUCGGUGCCACCCACCCUCCUCGCCUGGCACCCUGCCGGCGCUGUGGUCGUCGUAGGGGGAGAGAAAGGGGAGCUGAUGUGCUUUGAUGUGGGGUUGGCACCUGUUAACAUGGCGCUGGUAGCAGAGGAGGUCGCUUCAGCUGCCACGCUAAGACUAGAUCGACACCUGCGCGGCGGAGGAGGACUGGAGGGACUUCAGUGGGCGACAGGCCUGGAAGGAGAUGUGCUGAUGUUGGCCUUUCAUGGGGGACCACUGGCAGCCCUGAGAUUCAAACUAGGAGCUCUGACUGGAGGCCUGAUGGGUCCCGGGGAGCUGCUGCAGCAGCGGCUGCGUUGUGGCCAGGUCAGAGAGGCACUGGGCAUCCUGGAGGCCAUGGACUGGAGCAUCAUGGGAGACGAGUGCUACAGAGGCCUGAGCUCGGUCACCAACCACCUGCUGAGGCUGGAGCUGAACGCAGAGAGAGAGGCCCAACUGGAAGCAGCUCUGGGUGUGUUUUAUGCUCCACCUGCUCCUCUCUCUGAUGUGGUGAUACUGGAGUACAGGGAGCCAAUCAGCAAGUGUGCACGCCGCUUUUUUCACCACCUCCUCAGACACCAGCGCUUUGAGAAGGCCUUCCUCCUCGCUGUAGAUUUAGACGCCAGAGAUUUAUUCAUGGACCUCCAUUAUGUUGCCAGCGAUAAGGGCGAGGUGGUGCUAGCGGACGUGGCCAAGAGGAAAGCUAAUGAAAUCGAGGCCCGGACCGUCGCAGGCAACGAGGAUCCUCUGAGAGGCAGAAAUGGUGUGUUGUUGUGUGGUUCGAGCCUCGGGGACAGACAGACGGAGAGGGACCAGAGUGCAACAGGACGUCCGCCCCCCGACGCUCCCACAGCACAUGCUGAAAGAGCCAAUCAGAGGAGACCGCAGGCAGAGAGCAUACGUGUGACCGUGAGCCAAGACGUGUUGAGGACGCUGAGACAAACAGGAAGCAGCCAAGGUGACAGAGGCGGCGGAAAUGAUGUUGACGACCUCGGGAUCCUCCAUGUGGUUCAUUUAGGAAUGGUUUGAAGACAUGGACUAAGAUACGAUAAGAGACACAGAAACACCACACCAACAACAAAAACAAACUCUCUGUCUAUAAAUGUAAAUGCAAAGAGUUACUUACCUGUGAUGUUACCUCAGGAGGGACUCUUUGUACAGCAGAGGACUGUAAACACUGACUGAAGUGAAAUAAUAUAUUAAUGUCAUAUGUAAAUAUAUCAGUUUAGCAUCACCACUUUUGUUAGUAAGUUGUAUAUUUUAAAUUGCUUUUUUUUUUCUUUUUUUUUAGACCUGUCAUUGUUGAUCUGUGAAAUCAAGACGUGAAUUCAGGUUAAAUUUUUGUCUAAACCAAAUCAACGUUAAAAGAAAACAGCCUUCUGAUUUAAAAAAAAAAAACAAAAACAAAAAACGAC